AUGAUGGGGCGGGGUGGUAAUUUGAUUUGGUUUUUGGUUCUAACCGUCGCUAUUCUGAUCGCAUCUUAUAUAAAACCGUUUGACCACACUUCUGGUUUAUGUGUCAAAAAUAGCAGCGUUGUCUGUAAACGCUUUUCUAGAUGGUUCACGUCGGAAAAAUUGGUGAACAUAGAUGUGAAAAGGCUGAAGGAGAUGAUGAAAUCAAACGACCUUAAAUUGAUAGAUGUCCGAGAACCAAACGAGUUGGAGGAAGCCGGGAAGAUCCCUUUUGCUGUUAAUAUUCCACUCGGUGAAGUCGAGGAUGCCUUCAAACUGGAUGAGAAAAGCUUCUUAGAGAAGUACAAGAUUCACAAACCGAAUGUGGCGGACAAAAAUGUAGUUUUCAGUUGUAGAAGUGGUGUCAGAAGUAUGCGUGCUCUCAAAAUCGUUCAGGAUUUGGGUUAUGAGAAUCCUCUCAAUCUUGUUGGCGGAUACAAUGCAUGGUCCAAAGAAAAUGCAGAAGAAUAGGAUGUUAUUUGCUACAGUACUUCUGUUUACCAAAUACCAAAUAUGUAACAAUGUACAACAAUAAGAUCGUAAUGUAUAUUUAUUUACAGUCAAAACAGCUUGGAGUAUCUUCAGGACGUUUUUUAGUUUGUAACAUACCAUCCUAUUGUUUUUGUGGAUAUUUUGUUCUUAGUUUCUCACAAGCGAAUUGUUUUUUCGUAUAGUUUUGUAUGUUGUUAAAAGUUGCUCUAAGGUAACAACAUUUGACUUAGCUUUUGCACUGGGAUGUGUCGUUAUUUUUACAAAAUUUCCUCAGAAACAAUUGUAAAUUUGCAUCCAAAGAUUGGUUUUGUUUCACUUAAUCUUUGAAUAAAUUUUAAAAGUUUUCAAGCUAACAGUCAAUUAAUGCUUCUAAAUAUGUAGGUUUUACGGAUUUUGUCAUUUACAACGGACGAAUUUCAGUGUCGCGAUUAAGUUAUUCCGCAGUUUUCCGUUCUAACUUCUACGUAUUCGUGUUCUUGGCUCUGAUUAAUGUUGUGUUCUAUCUACAUACGCAGAACUUUGUGAUAAGAUCAUUAGUUAAACUCAGUACAAGCACAAAAUUGACCCUGAUUUUCAUUCUAUAAAUCUUGUCUGUAGAAUGUUUCAAAGUCAUUCCGAA